GACCAUCGUGACGGGCAGUGGGCAGCGCCACCGAGCAGGUUAUUUGGAAGUGGCCCAAACGUGUGUUCGGCUGAUAGGGUUCCCUGGUAUCCAGAAGGUGGAUAACAGGAUGAGGCCGGCCAGCCACGUGGCAGAUUACGAGCUGCGAGAAGAAGGUAAAGAGAUUAGACCCUAAAAGGAAUCUGCUGUCUUAACCUCAUCACUGUUGCCGCUCUGACGGGAAGCGGUCCGAGGUCCGGCCGAGGUCCCCGAGCCAGUCUCUCCCCCACCGUCGCUCUCCGCUCGUCCAUCCAUGAGGCCGCCGGGAUCCGACCGCGGCACCCGGGAACUCAGACAACAAAUCGAACGGCACUGAUGAGGACGCAUGUAGACGCUCUCCGAGAUAAGACAUCCUGGAUAUUUACCACCUUGGAAAUUAACCCACAAUGCUUUUUAAAUUAGGACUAUUCUUCUUUAUUUGGUGUCUGCUCGGCCUCCAAGCGAGUCAAGUUAAAGACAGCCGGGACCAUGGUAUUUCAGGACUCCGAGAUGUGAGGUACCGGCACUUUUUAGAAGCUUCUAGAAUGACGAAAUAUAACAGUAACAAAGCGAAAACCGGCGAGGAAGGACAUCGGAGGAGGAGAUCCACCUUUCUCACGACGGGUGUCAAAGUAUGCCCUCACGAGACCAUGAAAGCUGUCAUCGGCAGCCAUCGAGCCUACUACAAGCUUCGAGUUUGUCAGGAAGCCAUUUGGGAGGCCUUUCGUAUCUUCCUGGACAGGGUACCAAACACGGAGGAGUAUCGAUCGUGGGUUUACACUUGCCAACAUGAAAACCUCUGUAUGGAUGACCUGGCUCAAAACUUCAGUAGUUCUCAGGAGCAUUUGGAAAUGGUGGCCCGAAGAGUGGCUGAGCAGGCUGAGCUUGAUGGUGUUGUAAUGGAAACACCGGAACCGGGAGUAGAAUGCACGUGGACCCCCCCGGUGAUUUUCAUUCCAACAGAAGAUGAUGCGACAAAAGAAGAGCCGAAAAUGAUCAAAGAGAAGUACGGGGAGCACAUUGUGGAGUUUAACGCGACCAUUGUGGAGCCAUCAUACAUUGAGCUAUUGCUUGAUCCUCAGGCAGCUGACGCCGAUGACAUCACUGGGGAAAUAACCGACAAGAUGCUUCAUGCACUUAAAAAAAUUCCAGGGUUCAAAGAAAUUCGUUUGCUGAGAUUCAGCUCAGAGGAUGUGACUCUGCAUUAUGCUGCGGUCUUUGAUGGAGACAUUGAACUCAGUGAUGAUCCGGAGCCUUUAGACUGGCAGGCAAAUGUGGAUGCUCCUACAUUGAGGCAUAUGAUGUUGAAAGCGUUACAAAAGGAGUCAUCUCUUCCGCUGGACAUCCAGAAAUUAACCUUCGAAGCUGUUACUACAGCUUACCCCGAUGCAGAGCUCAGUAUGUACACCCCUGGUAUAGAUGUAGAUAGCACUUCAAAGUUUCACCCCACAGUGGCAGCAAAAGAAAACCCAUUUGAAAGUAUUAAAAUCACAGAUAGUUCUGUGCCGUCCUUGGUGACCACACUCCCAGAAACCACCUCUGCACCUACAGCUGAUGAGGUGCCAAUGGGAGCUGCAGUGGAGGAGGCGUCAGCAGGUGAUUCUUCAGGAGAGUUGAGUGUUAUCAUCAUACCAGGGACAACGCCAGGAGCCAUUCAAGAGCAGGGACAAGAUGUGGAGGUCAAGGACACAAGUGCAAUGGAAGCUAACAGUGGAGAACAUGAAGGGGCAAACACAGGAGACUUCUUAACUUCGUCACCACCAGGGGCCAAUCCAGAAAUAGAGAUCAUUGAUGAAUCUCACCUCUCUGGCACAGAAACUGCAUUAUUUCAUGAGGAUGCCAUUAUAGGCAUGGAAACAGAGCCCGACGUGGACCUGAAACCAUCACCUACAAACAAAGGUGAUGCUUCCGUUGAAGUCACCAAUGAAGUAUCAUUUAUUGUCACAACCAAAGCCCCGAUGGAGGUUUCCAGUGCAGCCAACAGUGACUCUCUUAAUGAAGUUCCCGUUGAAGACCUCAGCAAAAUCCUUAACGAAACCCCAAGUGAGGCGUCCAGCAUCAUUUCAAACGAAGUCUCCAGUGAAAUUCCUAGUGACAUCCCUACAAAGGUCUCCAGUAAAAAUCCUACAACUAUUAGUGAUAUCCCCAAAAAGGUCUCCAGUCAAGCGCCCAGUGAAACCUUCAGCAAGGCCCCAGGGCUAGUCCACGUCUCCAGCGAAGUACCUAGUGAAUCACCCAUGGAAGUCCCCAAAGAAGUCUUUAGCAAUGAGCCCGACAAGAUCUCCAGUAAAGCUCCCGGUGUUAUCACCACUAAUGUCCCUAAUGAAGCCUCCAGCGAGUCCCAUAGCAUUGUGCCCAGUUCUCUCCCAGUUGAAGUCCACAGUGAAGCCCCUAGUGAAGCAUACAAAGUCACUACCGAAGUCGGUGGUCAGGCCCACAAAGGAACCACCGUUGAAGUCUUUGACAGUUUCUCUCCUCAAACCCCCAGCAUGACCCAUAAUGAGUUUCCCAGCGAAAUCUCUAGUGAAGCUCCCGGUGAAACCGGCAACAUAGUCACCAGUGAAACCCCCAGCGCUGUCAUCACUGAAGCCCACAGUAAAGCCUCUAGUGAAGUUCCAGUUGAGGCCCCCAAUGAAGUCCCCAAUCCAAUCCCCACGACAGCACCCAGCAUUUUUUCCAGUGAAGUCAGCCACAGCGAUUACCCCGACACAGUCCCCACUGAGAACGAUGGAGCCGAUUCGAGCAGAGUGACCCCAGCAUUGGCAAACCCACCAAACUCCAACAUUCAGGAUGAUGUAGAGCCAAAACAAGGCAGGACUGAAAUGACCGAGCCUCUGGAGGAGGACAUCAGUAGUGUUAUAUACCCUUCAGAGGCUGACGAACGGUCCACAGCAGGCCCGGCCUCGAGACAAGCCAGUACUCCCGUAAUGGCUGCGGUGCAGCAGAGAAGAGACUUAGUGGUUUUCUUUAGCCUGAGGGUGACGAACAUGCUGUUUUCUGACGAUCUGUUCAACAAGACCUCGCCAGAAUAUAGAUCACUGGAGAAUACCUUUCUCGAGCUGACUCAACACUCUGGGCCCAGAAAGCCGCCAAAUCCUGGAGCAUCCAGUAAAUCUGGGCCUAAGAGACAGACAACUUUAGCCUCCAUACCGCUUUUACCCUACCUCGAGUCCAACCUGACCGGAUUCAAGCAACUGGAAAUCCUCAACUUUCGUAACGGCAGCGUGGUGGUGAACAGCAGGUUGAAGCUGGACAAGGAGGUGCCGUACAACGUGACCGAAGCCGUGCAUUGCGUGCUAGAAGACUUCUGUAAUGCCGCGUCCAAGCGGCUCGACAUCGAGAUUGAUAGCCGCUCCUUGGAGAUAGAACAAGCUGACGAAGCCGACCCGUGCAAGUUCCUGGCCUGUAAUGAGUUUUCACGCUGCGUGGAGAACAGUUGGAACAACGAGGCGGAGUGUCUUUGCGACCCGGGUUACAGCGCGGUGGACAGCCUGCCGUGUCAGAGCGCGUGCGACCUGCAGCCGGACUACUGCCUCAAUGGAGGGCUGUGUGAAAUCAUCCCAGGCCAUGGAGCCGUAUGCAGAUGCCCCGUAGGCAAAUACUGGCACUACCACGGAGAGCGCUGCAGCGAGCUGGUUUCGGUGCCACUCGACCCGUCGUUAAUUAUAACCUGCCUCGUGGGAAGCCUCUGCCUCGUUUGCGCCAUCAUCGGCAUUCUGGUGUUCAUUAACAAGAAAUGCGCCGCGACGAGGAAGGCGGUGACUUUGGUGCACAGCCUUGCUCCCUAUGCCUUUGAAAAUACUUUGAGGGUGAACCCAGUGUACGAAAAUGACGAUGGCAUCUUAAGCCAAGUGUCUACGUUGCCGUGUCCCUCCAGCUCGGCCUCGUCCCACUCUCACCAGUCUGAGCAGGAGCUGUAUGCCUCGGUCGAAAAUAUACAUCUCAGUAUCGAGAUCCCCAGAAAACUCUACACCACGAGAUCCGAAAAGUUAGUAUCGGAGCUGGUGGACUUCCAUCAAUGCAUCCCACACAACGAGACGUGGCGACUACCAAAUGAAUACAGAGCGUGUUUUCUUCUGUGGACAUCAGACAGCGAGGGCGGUGAGGCCACUGUGGUGUGAUGGCGCGGUGGAGUCCCGCAGCCAGAGUUGCCAAGGCAACGAGGCGCGCCAAGGAUCUGUGCUUAAUUGUAUCUUUGAUGCCACGCCCCCGUAGAGUAUUAGGUCCUGAACUUUCUAUAGCGAUGAACCUGUCUAGCUAGAGAGAGCGCUACGGAUAUUCCAACAUGUGCGGAUUGAUGUUGUUUUCAUGUGGAAUCAAAUAUUUAUUAUCCAUAAUGAAUGGUAGGAAAAUGUCCUGUACAGCUGUUCUCUCCUCACAAUGAGGUCAUUAUUGCUCACAAAGUGACACACUUGGUGGUAUGUCAUUUUCAUUUGCCAUUGUCACAUUCCAAAAAACAUAAGGAAUGAAUGUGUUAGUUCAGGGGUGUCAAGCUCUUUGGUUUGCGGGCCGCAUUCAUGGCAAUUAGAUCUCAAGUGGGCCGAACUUGUUUACUACUUUUGAACCGUAGUGUACAUAAAAAAAAAAAAAAAAAAAAAAAAAACAUAUGAUACACUACGGUUCAAAAAUUUGGGGCCGCUUAGACCCCAAACUUUUGAACGGUAGUGUGAAUAUAUAUUACAUACAACCCCCUACCAAAAAGUAUGGAAUCACCAGUCUCGGACAAGCACUCACUCAGACAUUUUAUCAUGUAGAACAAAGUCAGAUAAAAAGCUUGAAAAAAUAAUGAACUACUUCAAAAGUGCAACUCUUUAGCUUUGAGAAACAAUGCAGAUUAUUAACUCUUGACACCUUGUCCAAUGCAGAUUCUUGACUCUUGACAAGGUGAUGAUGCUGGAACUUUUGUUUGGUGCUGUUCCAGUGAGAUUUACAAAGAUGACUGCCUGAAGAAAACAUCCAAAUUCUCUCAGUCCUUGAUGAUAUGGGGCUGCAUGUCAGGCAAAGGCACUGGGGAGAUGGCUGUGGUUAAAUCUUCAAUAAAUGUAUAAGUUUACAUUGAAAUUUUACACAGCCUUCCAAUCCUUCAAUUGAAAAUAUGUCAUUAUCCAAGAUGACAAUGCAUCAUGCCACAGAGCUAAAACUGUUCAAGCAUUCCUUGGAGAAAGACUCAUCCAGUCAAUGUCAUGGCCUGCAAAUUUCCCAGAUCUCAACCCUAUUGAAAACCUGUGGUGGAAAUGGAAAAAAAUGGUCCACAGCAAGGCUCUGACCUGCAACUGCAAUCAAAGAGAGUUGGCACCAAAUUGAUGAAAAAUACUCAUUAAGUCCAUGACUCAGAGACUGCAAACUGUCAUAAACUAAAUACUAGAGAUGUGUUUUGAUGGUUUUCUUUGUUUCUCAUGAUUCCAUAUUUUCUUUCCUCAGAAUGGAGUUAUUCCAUAUACAUUUCCCCGCACUUGCUCUAUAAAAGUAACAUUUACUGACCACCACAAUGUUUUUUAUUCAUUUCUUUUAGUGUUUCUGAAGGCUAAAGAGUUGUCCUUUUGAACUAAUUAUUUUUUUUCAAGGUUUUUAUCUGAGUUUGUUCUACAUUAUAAAAUGUCUGAGUGUUUGCUUGUCCGAGACUGGUGAUUCCAUACUUUUUGCUAGUGGUUGUAUUAGCUGAAACAACUUACAGCCUUAUGUGGGCCAAAGCAGAGCGCAGCUAUCCUUUAUCCAUGUCCGUCAGCUCCUCAGUCAUACAAGGCGAUAGUCCAGCCAGACAUAACACUGCCACCAGAGGGCAGGGUAUCCUCUUUUUGGAUAGUUAUCUAAAGAUUUAGGGGUACUUAAAAGAGAGAAUUCCGAUUUUCGUGAAAAUUCAGCUUAAGUUGCCAGCAUAGGAACGGAACUGGUUCGUAACCCGGGGACCACCUGUAUAAGUGAUUUGGACGUCUCGUUGUCAAUGGCAGACAAUGAUUUAAUUUGUGUCACUUCUAAGUAAUUUUAAGAUACUUACAGGUCACUUCCUGUCAGUUUUUCAGGCAUUUCUAGGCUGCUUCAUGUGUAUUUGGUGUCAUAUCCUGUUGAUUCUGGGACAUUUUUUAAUCACUUCGUUGUUAACUCACUGGCUGCUAUUAACGGUGCUCGACAUCCAAUCCAUUUUGACCGGGAGGGGCUGAAUGAACAAAUGUAACUGCUGACACUAAAGUGAGCCAAGUACAGCAGGGCACGCACUCCAAUCACACAAAUCUACGGUUUUACGGCGCCGAUGUCAAAAUAAAAAUAUGACUGUAUAGUAUGAAUGAGCUACAACAUGCCUGUCAGUGGGUCAGAUCAGACCCCUUGUCGGGCCGCACGUUUGACACCCCUGUAUUAGCGGGCGAUAUCGUAAAAAAAAAAAAAGUUCGUGCUGUAAAAGUAAAGCUUCUCUCAGUCAGAUCAUUCAUCUUUGAAGAUUAUUUUUUGUACACAUUUUACUAUCAAGAUAAUAAAAUGUUU